GCCGUUCGUAAAACAGGUUUAGUUUCAAGUUCAAGCGAAAAUAAAAAUUUUGGGAUUAAAAAAUUAAGAUGUGGGCGAUUGUGUUUACAGUGCUUUGCUUUGGAGCGAUAAAUGUCCAAGCAGCACCUGAACCUAAAGAUGACAAAGUUUUCAACGUCACGAUGACAAUGGUUAAAGUCGGGGUAGUAAACAUGGAUGUGAACGCUGUUUGCAGAGCUGCCGGAUAUGUGACUCCGGCCGAACUUGCUGCAUACACCACCACUACCGAAGAAAGCGUGACGAAAAAAACCAUUAGCGAUUCGGGAAAGGGAAGUGAACCCACAACUACGACCGAACAUUAUACAACAGUUGAAGAAACUACUACUGUUAAAGAAGGGAGCAUAAUAAGAACGACGAGCGGCAUAGCAACGAAAGUAUCCGGUACAAGAGCUACUACAGAAGAAGUUACUACUGGUACACUCAAGAACACAGUAACAACGAGUGACAUAACAACGAGUGACAUAACAACGAUAGAACCCGAUACAAAAUUUACGACAGAAGAAACUACUACUGAUACACUAAGACACACAACAAUAAUGCGUGGCAUAUCAACUAAAGUAUCUGGUACAACUGCUACAACAAAAGAAAAUACUUCUAAAACAUUAGGGAGCACGUUAACAACGAGUGACAUAACAACGACAGAACCCGUUACAUUUACGACAGAAGAAACUUCUACUGGUACACUUAGGAACACAAUAAUAACGAGUGGCAUAUCAACGAAAGUAUCGGGUACAACUGCUACGACAGAAGAAAAUACUUCUAAAACACUAGGGAGCACGAUAACAACGAGUGACAUAACAACGACAGAACCCGUGACAGCAUUUACGACAGAAGAAACUUCUACAGGUACACUUAGGAGCACAACAAUAACGAGUGGCAUAUCAAAGAAAAUAUCGGGUACAACGGCUACGACAGAAGGAGAUACUUCCGAAACACUAGGGAGCACGAUAUCAACAACAGAUCGCGGUACAACUGCUACAAACGAAGGGUCAAGUACUUUUACAGAUGGGAGUACAGUCUCAAUAAACGAAACGACAACAUCAGAAACAAGAACGCCAAGCACUUUAACUGGGGCGCCUGAAGAAUCCGUAACUAGCACUAUGAGCUCAGGCUUCUCUUCCACGAAAAUACAUGGCGUUUCGACUACGCCAACUGUAGUGGGCGGACCCACCACCUCCUCCGGUUCAACAGAGGAAGCUACAACUUCGAGGGCCGCAGGAGACACAUUAUCGACAACGGAUUCAACUACACCAUCUAAAGUAACUAAAACACAUAGUGAUAAAUCAACUACUUCUUCAACCACAUCGGUAGAAUCCCGAACGUCAUCCGUAGUCGACAAAUCUACCACGCCUGCAGAAACAACUACAGAAAAUUCGUCCGUGUCUCCAUCAACUACAUUAAAAGAAGAAGCAAUCACUUCAGCCAUUAUAACACCUAAGAGAAUAACAAAGGAAGAUAGCGAGCCGGCUACAGUAACGGACUCUGUUUCAACGACUACGGAAGAAAAUAAAGUAACAUCUGCUGAUAAGCUUGGAUUUGAGGGUGGGCGGCAGAUAAAUUACGGUGUCUACGGAUACCUGGCUCUGUCUCUCCUGUUAGCUGCCAUUAUCAUCUGGAUCAGCUAUUUGAUAUACACUAGGCACCAAGCCAACAGUUAUGUCUUACCGCCGCCUGCCCCAGAGGCCACGCCACUCAAUCACAUCACAACUGCCGCGUAGUAGAUGGAGUGAGAACUGUAAAAAAGCCAGUUUAAUAUACCAGGAUACAAACAUCAGGGAUAUUAUAAAGUAAGAUGUUGACCCCUAGUACGAGCGAGAUGUAUUAGGUUACGCACACGCUAGCAAUAUGUCAGCGAUUAACUGUAACCGUACUGUAACCGUAGUCACUAACAGUGUCAAAACUGACAUAUAGUGCGUCAAGCAAAUCUUGUCAGUAGCAAUGUAAAGCAAACUAAAGUAGGGCAACACUCAAAGAGUAGUAUUGCGCUAAGAAAAACAGCAAUGUACAAUUUACAUCGAACCAAAACUUUUUUUUCCGCUAAGCGCGCCCUAUUACGUACUUACGUCAAUUCAAAUUGUCACUCGCGGAUUUCUCUAUUGAAAAUGUUUGAAAUUGUUAUUAAUAGAUAGACGGACAAUUUAAAAGCUGUGUGUGAUGUUGAUAAAAAUAUUAACUAAUUUGAAGAUUUCAAUAUAAAAUUAAAAGUGGAUUAUGCCGUUAAACAAGAAUAUAUGAAUAAAAACAUUGUUUCAGCAGGUAGAUGUCCUACUGGAUUUCAAUAUUUUAUUAGAUUUCUCAGUUGGCACUGUAGGCAUUGUAGGCACCUUAGCUUUGAUUAAACAUAAUCUUAUUUAAUAUAUUGGUAUUUAACAGCAGAAAUAUCUCUUGAAAUAGAAUCGAUUCAGAAUGUAAACAAAGAUGAAGGCUGUCAUUCGCGGUCCACAUUCCACAGAUAAAACACAGAUGACACGCGAUUUUCGAAUUAUUCGAACACAGUGUUGCUAACCCGCGAUUUUUCAAAUUUGCCGCCGUUUGCUACUGACAAGAUUUGCUUGACCCAGUAUAUAAAACUGACAUAAUACUCUAACGUUUAAUGCUAGCGUUUAAUGUCAGUGCCAAACUGUACGGCUACCACCAGUUUUGACGUUGAUAUAACGCUCACGUCUACGUAAUUUACUUUCGAUACAUUUCGCUUGCACUAAUAUGCCUGUACGAGCGAGAUGCAUAGAAAGUAAGUUACGUAGACAUGAGCGAAUAAGUCAAUGUCAAAAGGUGGUAGGCUGGUAGCCGUACUGAAGGUAGUCGUAAUGGUGGCGUUAGGUAGUGAUCGCUAUAGUAUUUAGAUCGUGUGUACAUUUUGGGAAUAAAAUGUUGUAAUUUUAGACCUCAACGAUAAAUGUUGUAGAGCCUAGUAUCACAGAGCAAGUUUUUGCUUGACAGGUGGUUUGCAUCCAUUUGAUUUAUUUAUUUUAAUAGAUAUCUGCAUUUUCAAAAUUACUACCUAGGUACCUCACUUUCGAAGUUUUCCUAAUCCACCUUAAUUACUAAAAUUAUAUAGGUAUUAUAAGUUAUUUAAAAUCAUAAAGGAUAAAUAUUACAAUUUGAAACGAUUUCGUCAAGUUAUCGAAAUAAACGGAAAUCGAACACGAUAAUAUUUAAUUAACAGAAUGAUUAUGUUAAUUAUAGUUAUCUGACCGAAUUUUAAAUAUCAAGCUUAUUUAAAUAUUUAUACGAAGUUCGAGUGGCCUGUGAAAAAGUAGUUUUUUAUAUAUUUUUUUAUAUUUGGAAGUACGGCAAGGAAUAAUUAGAUUUAAGAAGUCUAUGUAUGUACGAGUUUCAAACCCCAAAGCACUAAUGGUAUUUUAUAUGGGUACAUGUACUGCACCUAAGUACGCACCUAAAUGAUUUAUAUUAAAUGAGUAAAUAUUACAAAAUAAUUAAAACGGAAUGUUCCGUAAAUGUACCAUGUACCUAAUUCCUCGUAUCCCUUGUUUUCAUCAUCAUAGGCCUUUUCGUCUAUAUCAGACGAUUUAUGGUGUAACACCGUUUUUGGUGGCUAAAUAGACCGAUGCGAGAUGGACAUGGUCUACCACAGGUCUGACAAGAGAAGUUUGCGGAAACCGGUACUUGUUUUAUGAUUACAUCAUUUACUGAAAAUAAUAAUUACGCAUAUAGUUUUACCGUAUCGAAAGGUAUUAUAUUUAAUAUGGGUAAAUACGGGGAAACAUAAGCUUAUCAACUUACCUAUAAAGUCUAAUAAUACAUAAGGUUGCAUUACAAAAUUCCUGUUCACAGAUGAAUAUAUAAUAUUGCAAUGUACCUAGCAAUGUAUGUAUUCCAAAAUAAAAAUAUAACAAGGGUUCUACAUUGCAAUGUUAUAUUUUAUUUUGUGAAAAGGAAUUUUUCAGGAUAUAUGGUAAACUAGUGCACUAUUGCGUAAAAUAGCAUUUUUCGUGCGUAUGUCAAAAAGUUUAAAGGGCCAUAUGUACCUACUGUAAAACGUUGUACGAUACAAGUGCGAAUAGGUAAUUCGCAACUCGUGUCGAUUUUAAUUUAUUGCCACUCGUUUCGAACUUCGCUCUUUUCCGCACUUGUAUCGUAAAUAACUAUUGUAAUGUAGGAACAGAAUAAGGCUAAGAAUAUUUUUUUACUGUUAAAAUAAUGUGUAAAUAUAAGUAAUUUAUGUUUUCCUUUUUUCUUAUGUAGGUUGUAGGUAGAAUAUCUAGGUUGUGUCAUUUUAUCGUGUAAAAAAUGCUUUUAUUUCUCCAUUUAUAAUGCCAAGAUAAGUAAUUGUUAAAUCUAGGUUUCCAAAGUUAACUUUAGAUGCAUUAUUUGUAAGUUUUGAACUGAAAUUUAUAUAAUAUAAUUAUA